AUGGGCCUGGGGGCAGGCCGCCGGCCCACCAUGCUGCUGGGCCCCUGGCUGGUGGCGGUGGUGGCGGUGGUGACGGCGGGUGCCGGUGCAGGCUGCCCGGUGCUGUGUACGUGCCGCGGGCAGGCGGUGGACUGCAGCGGGCAGCGGCUCUUCUCAGUGCCCGCCGAGCUGCCCUUGGACACCGGCAACCUCAGCCUGGCCCACAACCGCAUCGCCAGCAUCCCGCUGGGCUACCUGGCCUGCUACGCCCAGCUGCGCGUCCUCGACCUGCGCAACAACUCGCUGGCCGCACUGCCCGCCAGGCUGUUCCUGGGCGCCCGCCGCCUCACCCACCUGGACCUCAGCUACAACAACUUCAGCCUGGUGACGGCCGACAUGUUCCUGGAGGCCAGCGAGCUGCUGCGCCUCGACCUCAGCCACAACCCCUGGCUGUGCACGGUGCACCCCAGGGCCUUCCGCGGGCUGGCGCAGCUGCGGGAGCUGGACCUCAGCUACGGGGGGCUGUCGGCCCUCAGCCUGGACGCGCUGGAGGGGCUGACGGGGUUGGUGACCCUCCGGAUCGGCGGCAACCCCUGGGUGUGCGGCUGCGCGAUGGAGCCCUUCCUCAAGUGGCUGAAGAGCCGCAUCCAGCUCUGCACGUCAGAUUCGCAGCUGGCCAAGUGCCAGGCUCCCCCCGAGGUGAAGGAGGUGCCCCUCUUCUCUCUGACGGAGGAGAGCUUCAAGGCGUGCCACCUCACCCUGACCCUGGAUGACUAUCUCUUCAUCGCCUUCGUGGGCUUCGUGGUCUCCAUCGCGUCAGUGGCCACCAACUUCCUGCUGGGCAUCACGGCCAACUGCUGUCACCGCUGGAGCAAAGCCAGCGAGGACGAGGAGGUUUAGGACCACUGUCACCGCCAUGAAGCUGAGCUGAGCUUGAAGCCCCAGCUGCUGGGACAGUGGAGGCAGCAGCAGGGGGGUGCAGGGGAGACCCCAGACCAGGAGCUCGGGGAGACAGAGCAGGGUCUGCAGCCGGAGCAAACCCCAUGUGAGAAAGAACCCCAAAAGCAGCACGUGCCUUGGGGGAUACUGAUGCCCACUGCCUGGGGAGAAAAGCACGGAAAUCGCCGCUUUCAGCCCAAAAACAGCACUGGUAGAACAAGAGCCAGCAGCCUCCUGUUCCCCAAAUCCAGCUUGUUCUCUGCAGCUAAGGGCCAAGCCCAGGACAUGGCGCUCAUUGGGAACAGCCCCAGAUGCUGGUGACACUUGCCACAACUUGGACAUGCAGACAGCACCAGAGCUACAAGCGUUGAAGCCCCGCAAGCAUCUCCUUUUACCAGCCACUUCCUACUCCUUCCCCUUCUCCUCUCAAGUUUUGUGCAGGUUUUGGGCCAUACCUGGCACCCAGCCUGGCCAGACAGCUUGGGGAACCAUUGUUGGGAGGCAAAAGGAACUCCAAAGAAAUGAAAAAAAAAGAAGAAAAACCCACAAAGCUACUGGCCUCUCUGUCCAAGCAGGAUGGCCACUGCUCUCAUGUGUGUUUUACGCUGUCUUCAUGGCCAUCCCUGCAGAGCGUAGGGCUGAAGACUGACUCUUCCACUCCAGCUGUAAAACUCCCGCAGUCACGUAGCACUUUGCUGCCAAGAUAUGUUUGCUCCCAUCCUUGCCCUCUGAGGGACUCUGCUUGGGACAGCCCCCCCACCCCUUACACCCUCCCUGGAGCCAUUCCUUCUGCCAGACACAUCUCAAGGAGGGGCUUCCCGUGAGCUGUUCAGUUUUCUGUGUUUCCCAUGUGUGUAGCUGGAGUGUAGAUGUGCCAUUUAUAAACAAACCGACCAAAACAAAACCAAAACAAAACCACAAGAAAAAUGGGGAAAAAUAAGGCAACUUCUGGCUUGGUGACCCCAUUCCCAUGCUGAACCGGGAGCCCUGACUGCAGCGUGGAGAGAAGGCUGGGUGCACAUCACAGCAGUCCCUGUGCCAUGGAUCCAUGGCGAGUCUGAACCUCUGGCAGUGCUGUAGCUCCAGGCUGCACCCCACAAACCCCAUGCCUGUAGGAGAGUAGAACCCUCCCAUGUUGUUUCCUGGGAUAGGGGCACUUGGAAUCCCUUUUUUCCUUCUUUUCUUUUUGCUAAGUCUUCUCUCUCCCUGCCAAAGCAGCCUCUGAAGACCAUGGACAAAACGUGCAUUUCCUCCAGCAGUUCCAGACCCCACUAUUGGGCGAUAGAGGAGAAAGUGUAAAUGCUAAGCUCCCAAUAUCCAUGAAUUCAACCAGACCCAUUUUCUGCCUUUCUGAAGCAAAAGGGCCUACCUUCACACUUCGCCUUCCUGCACGGUGGGCAGGGGACCGAGGACGUUGAUGAUCUGCCACUUCUGUCCAACAGCAGUCGGUGCUGGUGCAUGACUCUGGGUGCUGGGUCCCCACACCACUGUCCCUGUGUCAUGGCCAUGUCCUGUCCUGCAGCCUGGGGAUUGCAGGGCGUGGGGGCAGCCAUCGGCCUCCUCCUGUCCUCUUUGUCCUUCAUCUUUUUCCCUUCCAUUCCCUCUCCCCUUCCCUUCUCUCUUUUCUUCUCCUCUUUCUAUCCCUCUCUCUUUCCUCCUUUUCCCUCUCCUCUCCCCUUCCCCACGCUAUGCCAAGCACUGCCAGAUGGGGAAGGAGAGGGGGGAAAUGCCGAGUUUGAGUCCCCCGGACUUUGUACAGAGCACAUUUUAUAAACGUGUACUUUUGUAACAGUGAGCACUUUU